AUGGAGCACCAACCGGCCAUGACCUGGCCGGAGCAGAUCCAGGAGAAUUCGCUCAUCACGGCCCCCGGCGACGACGAAUUCUCCAACUUCCUCGAGUUCAAUAUGCAUUUUGCCGACCUUGAGGGGCACGGACCAGCCCAUGCCCAGCUGCAGGACCAGCAACAUUCGCUGAUGCCUCCCACCACCACGGCUCCCGACUCUGCCAUGGCCUCCGAUCCGCGGUCGCAUUCUCAGUACGCCAGCCCGAUGGAGGGCCUGGCAAUGGACUUCAACGGCCAUGGCUCCCUCCGAUACUCCACGCCCACCAUGACGCCCGGCUUCUGCGCCCAGGACUCCUCGCAGCAGCAGGCCUCCUCAGGCCAACACUACAUCAUGGAGUUGCACGGCAAUGCGGCCCGGUACCCGCAGCGCGUGGAUGACCACUCGGAGAUGUACGAUCGCUACUCGCGCAUCAACGAAGAACAGGUGGGUUGCCCGGAUAACCACUCCCUCCCUCUCCCCCACCAAGCCUGGUGCGACAGUGGUGGAAGUCCCCUAACUUUGGGCGAUCAGGCAUUGUACACUCCCCUCGUGUCCCCCGCCAUGACGCCACUGGAGAGCCAAUUCCGACUCCCCGAAUACACGAUCCCCGGCGAAUACUUCACCCCUCUCACAUCGCCGGCGCUGGAAGCGCAAAACGCCCACACCUCCAACAGUGCCUACCAAUUCCAUGCUCGCCAGGUAUCGGACGUGGGCUUUAUCCCCACCAGCGCCGAGGUGAAUCCGCUCCCCGGCAGCUCGGCUCCCCCUCCCCCAGCAUCAUCCGCAAAAAUCGCCGGCGAACUCGCCUCACAUACGGGCGCAGACGACGCAGUCGCAGCGCACCCGGGGCAAGCCCAUGGCCCCCAAUACGGAAGAGUUCUACAACCGGAUGAACCAGGAGUUGAACAAGCCGCCAAACAACGACGACUCGGUCUCCCCGAACCAUUGCCCGACUCGCUGAUGCCCCCGCCGGCGGUUCCUCUGCCCCGGCGGUCCCCCGCCAUCACUCCGCAGCAGCAAUCGCCUGGCACGGCGGCCACCCCCGCGACACUGAUGCGGAUCCAGCGAUCGCAACAUGCACAGGAGCUCUCGGAUCACUUGAUGGGCCAGGCACAGUUGGAGUUCUCGGACGAUGUCAUGGAAGAUAUCUCUCUCCCGGAGGCGGCGGCGCCGUCCCUGCAGCCGCGUUCGAGGAUCAGUCGCAUUGAUACCAGUAUGCGCAGUACGGCCAGCCCGGUCAUCGUGGCCCAUGAGACCGCGUCGCUAGAACCCCGAUUGACCCCUGCGGCGGAACGCACACCCGGGUCAGCCGCGCUGAGCCCGCGCACCAUUGCCAUGCCCUCACCCAGUGGGCCGAUACCGAAGAGAUCCGAUCCAUCCCGGUCGUCAAUAUCGAGUCGGAAGCGGCCCAGUAUUAGCUCCACACAUGCCAGCCCGCAGUUGCGGCCGAAGAUCAGCCCGAGUAUUCAACCUCUGAUGCGAGGUGGUGACAAUUUGUCACAGGACGCCCUCUACUUGGCCUCCAAAUCCAAUUACCAACACAUUUUGGAUGGCACCCUCCCUUCUGGCGUCUCCUAUCCGGAGACGCUCGCCGAGAAUCUGAGCUCCAAACGGACCAACCACAAGCUCGCUGAACAGGGCCGCAGGAACCGAAUCAACAGCGCCCUGAAGGAAAUCGAGUCAUUAAUCCCACCCGAGUUCGUUCAACUCCGGCAAGCCAAGGAGGCGGCCACCGCGGGAGUCAAGCCGGGCGACAAGGACAGAGAGAAGUCCGCCAACCAGGCCAUCAGCAAGGCUAGCGCCGUGGAGAUGGCCAUUGACUACAUCAAGGCCCUGAAGAAGACCUUGGACGACACCGCAUCGAAGUUGACCGCUGCCGAAGCCAAACUCGCUGGCACCAGCCAGGACAAUACACCGACAGGAGACGCCCCGGCCGCCGCGGGGGCCGAGAACGCCAUUACAAUCGGUACCGGUUCAAACUCCAAAGGCACGAGUCCCUCAUGA